AUGUACCUCAUUCGUCAGGACAAGAUAAACCGUUUGGUGUUCAGCAGCAACAACCUGGAGGAGGUUCGCGGCGCCAUCAACAGCGUGCUGGACAUCUUCGUCAAGAUCCUGAAUCAGCCCUUCCAACAUGGCGACUACUUCGGCUACAAGGAGGUCCUGGACAAGAUGGUUAAAGUGGACAAGGGUGUGUGGCGGGACAUCAGGGCCAAGUACCUGUAUGAUCAGUGCCAUGACUACUGUGGUGGGGAGUUCACUGCGUCUGAGAACACUGACCCGGCUAAGCUUCUCCUUGACCUGCUCAGCAUGCUGUCCGGGGCCGAGCAAUCCAUCUACACCAAGUUACAGGAUUAUGAAGACACGUUCAGGAAAAUGAAGGAUGAGAAACGCUCCCUAGAAAUUCAACUGUCUGUGUCGGAGGGGAAGUACCUGGAUGAGGUGCAGAGUCACAGCAUCGAGCACGUUGAACUGAAGACCUCCCUCGGCAAGCUGGCGUACAUGGAGAACCUCAUCGCAGAGAAGAAUGACAAGAUAUCAGAGUUGCAGCGAUACAACACUGUGGAGCUGUGGGAGAGAGAGAAGAAGAAAGUUCUUCAAGAGAGCAAUGCCAAACUUCUAGAAGCAUAUGAAGAGUUAGAGGAACUGAAGAGAGUGAGCGCAUCACAGAGCAAGAAGCUACAGACACUUGAAGAACAAAAUCGUAUGCUGAAGUUGAAAGAGGAAAUGAAAACACCAUCAGGUGUCGCUGCAAGUCAUGCUCUGGAGGACGUCAAGAGGAAGAACUUCCUGCUGGAGAAAGUAAGUAUUUCUGUCAUUAUCAACACAGCAUACACGCACACGUCACAGUUUGGGACAGUAGACUUUCUACAUGCAACGGAAUAA